AUGGUGUUGUUAGAGCUGCUGAGCCUUCGGGUGCCGGGUCUAGGGGUGCUGAGCCUGGGGGUGCUGAGACUGGGGGUGCUGAGGCCUGGGGGUGUCGAGCCUGGGGGCGCUGGGUCUGCUCGUGUGGCCGCCGGCGGUGCUUCGUUGAGGCGGGAGCCACUCUCUCCACAGGAGCUGCGCGAGUGGUUUGCCCGGCGCUGGAGCCGUGCUGCUCGAGCUGGAGGUACUGCUGUUGCUGACGGUCCCGGAGGUGCUCGUACAGGCGGUACUGGAGCUGCUGGGACUGGGGGUGCUGCUAGAGCUGCUGGAGUUGGUCCUGCUGGUGGCACUACUGGAGCUGCCGGCGGUACUGGAGCUGCCGGUCCUGCUGCUGCUGGAGCUACUGGAGCUGUUGGGGGUGUUGGCGCUGGUGGUUCUGCUGACGCUUGUGCGUCUGAGGGUGCUGGAAUUGGUGCUGUUGGGGCUGGAGGUGCUGCUGGCACUGGUGCUGCCGCUGGGGGUACUGGUGAUGUCCCUGCUGUUUCUGGAGGCGCUUCGCGGCCGCGGCCGUACUUCGUUCCGCUUCUUGAGCAGGUUCUUGGUCUCCCGCCUUCUACUGGUCCUGCUCCUCCCUUAGAGGGUCCACAGCCUGUCCAGUCGCGGUCACAGUUACAGCCCGCCUCCCCCCUACCUCCUCCUUCUCCCUACACUGGUCCUACUGGAGGUCUUGCUGAGCCUCGUGAGCCUGCGUCUCGUCCUGCGUCUCCUGUUCGUGCUGCUCGCACUAGUGGUCGUGCUUCGCGUCCGCGUCCUCCUGCGGUCCCCGGCACACACCAGAUGGCACUGUGUCCUUCCACUGCUCCUUUGCAUGUCCCGUUGCCGUCUCCUCCUGAGUCCUCUCUUCCUACUCUUGCUGACCCUGAGUCUGACUCCCUUCGUGCUGCCAGUCCUACUGUCACACGUCUCCUGGGUACUGUUGUCACUGACCCUUCUUUUGAGUCCACUGUUGCGUCUGCCUUGGUGGCUGAGCUGGUCGACUUUGCUGCUCGCUGUCGUCUAGACUACGCUGCUAGUCUCGUUGCUGAGUCUGAGUCUGUCUGUCCUCCGUCCGUCGGGGGUGAGUGUGCUCUUAGCACGGACGUCCUUGAGGACAGGCAGGAGGAGUUCCAGUACAUCCCGACUCCUCGAUCGUACGCUGAGGCGAUCGAGGGUCCCUACUCCUCUCAGUGGCAGUCACCCAUGGACGCAGAGAUGGCUUCCUGGAAGUCCACAGGCACCUACGUCGACGAGGUUCCCCCACCUUGGGCGAACAUCGUCAGUGGCAUGUGGAUUUUCAGGGUGAAGCGGCCGCCGGAUUCUCCGCUUGUCUUCAAGGCGCGUUACGUGGCUCGAGGCUUCAGUCAGCGGCAGGGAGUUGACUACUUUCAUACCUUCUCUCCCACCCCAAAGAUGACCACUCUUGGCUUGAAGGCGGAGAACCCGGCGGCCGCUUCACCCUGA